CGAUUUCAAGACGCGCUCUCGGGCUGGCAGCCUCAGUGGGCAUUGGUCACCCAAGCCCCAACCUAUUUACUGAACCUGCGCGCGCCACAUAUGAUCCAUAUGCGUCCCUCAGUUCCCCCGAUCAGCUCCUUAGUUGAACCCACCCCGAUGCCAAGUUCAGAGGAUGACGACCUCGAACUUAAUCCCAAGUUGUCGCAGCAUGUCAAAGUUCCGGCCAAACGGAAGAAAAACACACUGCGAAGCGAAGGCCCAAGGCUACAGUUUGAGAACGGUCUGAACGGCAGCGGAAGCGUGCCGGCGAAGAAGAAACACAAGGUACAAACGAACGCAGAGGCUUCAGGCAGCAACCCUGCGCGUUCAUACUCUCAUUCAUACUCUCCCUCUGUUCCGACCACAAACACGAAUACGAGUCCGCGUCGUCCACUCUCCCAUGACACUCCUCUUGAACCGUUAUCACCUCCGCGGGCCUCGGCGAAGACACAGCCGCAGACCUGCAUGCCGGACCCACCGAUCCCUCUUGCUGCGUCCAGUUCGAAAAGCUCCACCCGAAACUCGCUCUCCCAAUCGAAACUGACAUUUCUCAAUGACUCUGGAGCUCUCACCCCCAAGUCCAGGUUCACUGCAACGCCGAAACCCAUUCCGCUUCCGAAAAAAGGGCGCCGACGACCAAUGAGUAAUCCCCCUAGUCCCGAGCCCGAAGAAUCAUUCCCUAUGCCUUCGUUGACAGCGCCGGCUGGUUCAAGCCGCCGCGGGAUGUUUGACAGGGUCGUGUUCCAGUCACGUUUCUCGGUCGGCGCUCCUCGGUCGGCGCCUGCGCCUCCAUCGACGAACACUGUGCAGAGAAACAAGGUAGAAAGGCGAGCCCUGACAACGGAGGUGAUCGAUCUCACCGGUCCCGAUGGAGACGACCCUGGUUCCAAGAAGGAUCUUCGCGCCGACUCCGAAGAACAGAUUGUCAUCGAAGUUACCGAUUCAGACGACGAGAGUAUGGUGAAACGCUCGCGCUUGGGAAACUCAAGUGUUGCUGGCUUGAAGACUGGCAAAGAGGAGUCGACAGAAAUUAUCGAGAUCAGUGAUGGCGAGGACGAGCAGCAAUUUGGGGUGGCGGAGCCACUCUUUACGGAGGAUGAGCCACUUCCCAUUUCCUUCGGUGAAGAUCAAAGCGAAUCGUUCCAGAAUAAUACACCGGUGGGCGAACGUGACUCGGCACAACCUGGCGACGUCCCUCCGAAUUCGAGCGAGAGAGAGGAGCAUAAAGAACACGCCGAAGUUAGAACUGGGAAUAGCACUGGACCUGAAGCCAGACCUGAUUCUCCUAGGGUGGAAAAGCCUCUGGAACAGCAGGAUAACCUCUCUCCAACCGAGACUGAAACUGGCGAAGAUAUGAAUGAGACCAUACGCAGGACAUCACUCACGUCAGACCCGGUCGAGUUGCGGAAGGAGUCGGGUAUUCCUAGAUCGGAAGUCGCACAAGCACGGGAGAUCAAAGAGGAGUCCGAAACGGGGACGCUACUGGAACGCGAUGGACUAGGCCUAGCGCAAGAAAUCAUCGACUUGGCGCUUUCUGAUGGAGAGAUGGCCGAAGAUGAGGAGGACAUGGGAGAGCGCAGUGAGAUCCUAGUUGAUAUGGACACGCAACAAGACCCACCAGAAGAACCCGGACUUGCCGUCGAAAUCGAACUGCAGCCUGGAUGUGAAUCGGUUCCAGAUGUGCAAACUUCCGCCUCCUCAAUACCGAUUCUACCGAAACUACCUGCAAUCGGAUCGCAAAUUCCUGCGAAGGCGAAACAAAACUCCUUGCAUUUGAUGGAGAGGCUGAGGAUGGGCGGAAAUUGGAAAGGCAAGCAGAAGAAGAUAGAUGAUGCGAUGCUCGAGAAAGACCAGGAAACGCUUCAUCAGAAAGAGAUGACUAUCGGCGAAAUAGAGAAUGGAAACGAACAGGCCGAUGAGGACACGAGCACGAUCGAGCAAGUCAGGAUCCCUGAAAUCCUUGAAAAGGACUCCAUGGAGUGGAGACACGUGCGUCAACUCAGAAAACUCCGUGCUAUGGCCUCUGAGCUAGGCCGGCCCGCCAGUGCCUUGUCUUCGAGAGUGCGGCGGAGCUACGAUGACCAGGAAGUCUAUGAGCUGGAGUACGCUGGCCCAUCUGAGCCCGAGAUUGAACGUGACACGCGAUCUUCGUCGCCUGUACAUUCUUCUACUCGGACAUCCUCACCUGCGCGGUCGACUUCGCAAGUAGGAUGUCCUUCAACCCCCGAAUCAUCUUCGCCUGCGGGAUUUCCGUCUCUUCCUCGGUCUCCUUCACCUCACCCACCGCCAAGAGCAUACCAGCCUGUGUUUGAUCCGGAUGUCCGAUAUGCCCGAGACUUGUCGAGUUCGAUGUACGAUUACUUCAACUCAUACGAUGACGACUUCCACACUGGCGCUCCCGGGCACAUGCGUCGGGUGCUAGAAGCUUUAUCCUGAUCACCCUGCGCUGGACGAGGCCCGAUGCGCCGCCCAUUAUGGUCAUCAACGACGUUGACUAGAACCCGCUCCGCCGUGGAAUUCUACUACACGAACCUGAUGUGGCUUGGGGACGGCAUUGAUGCGCCGCGCGCCGAAGAGGUGCCUGGAUGUGACUGCGUCGGCGGCUGUCAAUCUGGAACAGGAGCAAAUGCGCGUGUCUGGCUCGGCAGC